AUCAGUCAAACAGCGCCGAACUCUCCUAACUGCUAAAGGCGUGGGGAGGGAACCGAUAAUUACUCACAUUUACCUUAUUUUCUCGCUAAUUACUCGUCCCAUCAACACCUGGAGGACGCCAAAAUCAAGAUAAAGCCUUAAGUAAACCGUGUGACCCUUCAAAGGCUAAGGACACCGCGUAAAGGCUGCAAAAUAAGGGACACACAUCAUGGCCGCUGCCGCAACAAUACAACGGAAGCGGAGUAUUUUCGAUGAUUCUGACUCCGAUGUGGAUGACCCUCCUACCCCCCCAUCUCCGCCAGCUGCCCCCUCCCUGGCCCCCCCUGCCCCUAAAGCAAAGAAGAUAGAGGAGGAGGAGGAGGAGAAGAGGAUAGAUGAAGAGGAGGAGGAGGAAGAUGAUGUGAAGAAGGGGAAAGGAAGAGGAGGUGGAAGAGGCAGAGGAAGAGGGAGAGGAAGGGGUAGAGGAAGAGGAAGAGGAGGAGCAAGAGGAGGAGGAGGAAGGCAGUUAAGAGGUAAAAGAAGAAUGGAAGAUGCAGAAGAGGAGAAGGAGGAAGAGGAGGAGGUGAAGAGAACAAGAAGAACCAGAAAUCAAAAUAACAAGAAAGAAGAAGAAGAAAAAGAAGAAGAAGAAGAAGACUCAACCACCACCACCACUACCACAACUACCACUACUACCACCAAGCCCAACAACAACAACAGCAGUAAUAGUAAUAGUAGUAGUAGCAGUAGUAGUAGUAGUAGUAGUAGUAGUAGUAGAAGUAGUAGUAGAAGUAGUAACAGUAGUAGUGAGAUAGGGAGGAGGAGAGGAGGAAGAAGAGGAGGAGGAGGAAGAGGAGGAAUAUCAGAGAAAGAAGAAGAGGGAGAAGAAAGAGGAAUAGGAGGAGGAGGAGGAGGAGGAGGAGGAAAAACAGCACCAGGAAGAGGAGAAGGAGGAGGAGGAGGAGGAAUAAAGAAAGGAGGAAGAGGAGGAGGAGGAGGAGGAAGAGAAGGAACAUCAGACAAAGAAGAAGAAGAAGAAGGAGAAGAAAGCGGAACAGGAGGAGGAGGAGGAGGAGGAGGAAGAGGAAGAAGAAGAAGAGGAGGAGGAAUACGACAGAAGCUCAGAACACCAUCACCACUAGAAGAAGAAAAAGAAGAAGAAAGAAAGAAAACAAGAAUCACAGAAGAAGAGGAGAAGGAGGAGGCAGAAGAAGAAGAAGAAGGAGGAGGAGGAGGAGGAGGAGGGGAGGGUCCGAAGGUUAAGAUGACCCCUGCCCAACAAGCCCUGGCCGAACGUAACCGCCAGCAAGCAAUUCUACGGAGACGGGAAAAAGCCAAUCGUCAGAACCCUUACGCUGUGGCCGAGAGGGAGAAGAAGGAGGAGGCACGCAUCAUCCGCAUCAACAACACGAAAAUGGUUGACUCUGGCGGAGGCUUCUUCAUCGAGGAGGAGGAGGGGAAGGAAGGAGGAGGAGGAAAAGGAGGACUGACCAAGGAGGAUAUGCUGGCUGCGAUGCAACUCGUAAAUGACCCCAAGCCGUUCGUGGAGGAGAGCGACCGGCCAACGUGUGAUACUUGCAGCCGCACCUUCCACGCCUCAUACCUCUUCGACAACUUCUCCCACCCCACCUGUGACCAGUGCCGGGACCCCGACGACGCCCACAGCCUCGUCACACGCACCGACGCCCGGGCCGAGUACCUCCUGAAGGACACGGAUCUGGACAAGCGCCCGCCGCCACUCCGCUACAUCCUGCGCGCCAACCCACACAACCCGGCUUGGGGCGACAUGAAGCUGUACCUCAAACUGCAGGUGGAGAAGCGAGCGCUGGAGGUAUGGGGGUCAGAGGAGGCCCUGGAGGAGGCGAUGGAGAAGAAGGAGGAACAGCGGCAGACCAACAAACAGAGGAAGUACAACAAGAAGAUGAAAGAGCUGAGGAUGAGUGUGCGCAGCAGUCUGUACACACGGGCCAGCAAGACGCACACACAUGAGUACGGCGAGGAGAUGUACAUGCCUGACGAGGACGAGUACACACGGACAUGCAACUCCUGCGGGCACUCCUACUCCUACGAUAAGAUGUAGAGAGGGAGAGAGAGAGAGGAGGGGAUAGAAGAGGAGGUGAGAGAAGAAACAAAAGAAAAAGAAAAGAGAAGAGGAAGGGGAGAGGAGAGGGGGAGAGAGAGAGGAGAGGAGAGGAGGGGAUAGAAGAGGAGGUGAGAGAAGAAACAAAAGGAAAAGAGAAGAGAAGAGGAGAGGAAGGGAGAGGAGAGGAGAGAGAGAAGAGGUGAGAGAAGAAAUGAAAUAAAAAGGAAAGGAAGAAGAGAAGAAAAAAGGAGAGGAGAGGAGAGAAGAGAAGGGGAUAGAAGAGGAGGUGAGAGAAGAAACAAAAGAAAAAGAAAAGAGGAAGAGAGAAGAGGAGAGGAAGGGAGAGGAGAGAGAGAGAAGAGGAGGUGAGA